ACCGACCCUUCUGUCCUAUCGAUUCCUUUAUAAGGACCACCACCGGAUACCCCAAUUUCAACCCUCAGACGCCACAAAAAAAAAAAAAGAACCGUAAUUUCAAAGUCUUCCUCUGUUUCUGGUUUAUCUUUCGUUCUUCAGGCUCAGAACCAUGUCUCAGACUGUUGUUCUCAAGGUUCGCAUGUCAUGUCAAGGCUGCGCUGGAGCUGUCAGGAGGGUGCUGGAAAAAAUGGAAGGUGUGGAAUCAUUUGACAUCGAUCUGAAGGAACAGAAGGUGACAGUCAAGAGCGAUUUGCAGCCCGAUGCUGUCCUGCAAACCGUCUCAAAGUCCGGAAAACAAACUGCUUUCUGGGAAGCGGAAGCCCCUGCCCAACCCGAAGUGAAGCUGACCGAAGAAGUGAAGCCCACCGAAGAAGUGAAGCCCGCCGAAGAAGUGAAGCCUGCUGAAGCGGUGGCCACUGCCUAAUCUCUUUGCUCCAUUCGCUUUAAUGGCGCUAGUGAUUUAUAAAUAUGCUCAAUCUCGAUGAGCUUAGACUCUAGUUCACAUGAACUCGAUUAUUAAGUGAGCUUAGACUCUAGUUCACAUGAACUCAGUUGUCAAGUGUUUUAUGUGCUCGAAUGCUAGUUAAGAAGAAAUAACUCCUUGUGAUUAUGUGCGCCUUAGGCAUCGAUGGCAUCUUACUCGUGGAGUUCAACAGUUUUUACUAACGUAUGACCAAUGAAUCGUUUUACGAUUGAUUAGUUAGUGUGUACUUGUGAUUAUUUCCGGAUGGCUGAGAUCAUUUGUUGAGUUGA